AUGAAGACCCCAAGCGUGGCGCGCCUAUUCUUCUACACAUUUCUAUUAUUGGUACUCCGAAAAAUCGGGAUUGCGUUAUAUUCGAUGUCUACGGUAUUUAGGCACGGGAGUACGGUAUCCGAGGAGGCGUUGCUGAAAAACCCUGAAUUCCUAUCGAUGCUUCCACGACUCGGCAACGACACCUACGUGCUGUUUUUGAAUCGCUACGCGCUCGACAUGACGUUCAACUGGUUGUGCAACACGAGGGAGAUGGAAGGUGUACAUCAACGAGCCCUGUUCCUCACCAUGGACCAGGAAUCAACCGAUAAAUUGAGGCACCUUUACCCCGAGCUGAAAAUCGCUCGCCUUAUUGUGCCAGCGUUGGAGGAUCCAUUCAACUACGGUGACGGUCCCUACCAACUCUUCUACCUGCUCAGGGCCAACAUAGCGUUGACGCUGGCCAAAUUCGGGCACAACUUUUGGAUGAUACAGCAGGACACAUUUUGGCGCACGCCACUCGCACAGACAAUGUUGGAAAGUGAGGAGUUGCAAAAAGCCGACAUUGUGUUCGAUUCGGCCGGCACGAACACGAGCGAUUUGAUUGCAGGCGGGUAUUACUACGCCCGAUCCACGCCAAAAACCGUCGACUACUUCGAAAAGCUGGUCCGGGAUCUUAGCUGGUGGUACGCGCCAGACAACGGCUACAUGACGUAUCUUUGCUAUCGACGGUUUGCUGAAUGCGUGAAUAUGCCGUUUAGCUGGAUCACAAAUUGGCAGUGGAUGCUCUACCCUACUUCUCAAGUUCCGCACCUUGUCCAAUUUGACGGCUACACGCGUCUUGGCGGAAAGUUGGCAGCGAUGAAGCAGAUGGGCUUCCACUUCAUGGACGCCGAGACGAAGAUGUGCAACGCGAGCGCGGUGACGGCAGCUCAAACCAUGGUGACGCAGGGGCUGCGCCCGAAGUUGGUGAUCGAAAGCGGUCAUGCUCAAUUCGCCACCUACUCGCGGUUGAUCGAGAUUUUCCAGUCGAACUCGGCGCUCGCGUGGUUGUUGUACAAUUUUUGCCUGCCCUUUGGGCAUUAUGUGAUGUUGACAAUG